CUCUUUUCUAUGAUGUAAUUGAAACGUCAUUGAAUAGUUUUGUAAUAAAAUAGUAGUUGUGAUGUAUUAACAUUAGUCUGAAUUUGUACAUAGACAUUUAUAUUUCAUAGUAGCUUAGGAAGUAAAUUAAACAAGUGCUUUUCUUGCGACUGCCAACCGAAGAGUGGAAUAUCUGCUACAUUAUUAUUUUGGCCCAUAGUACUUUGGUUAGGUUUUUAUUUGGUGUUUUUAGUGUUUGUGAAUACAUUUAUCUUUUUAAAUAGGAAGUUAGGUACCGAUUAUUCACUUCACGAAGUAUUCAAUAUUAUUUAACAAUGUUUAUAUUUCUUUUCGUCCUUCAGUAUACAUUAACAUGGUUGCACGCAUAUCCACAGGGAACUAAUUAUGUUAGUCCUACAAUGAUGUUUCUGGACAGUCUAGGUGCAGAUUUAAAGUUUCGUAGUAAUUGCAAUGUUAACGUGAGUGAAUUACAAUUUUUAACACCGUGCAAUGGGCAAAUACCGUCCUUUGAAACUUCUAAGUUUGUAUUUAAUUCACAAAUAUUUUUGUGUAUGGGAGUGUAUGGAAGCCUUCUUCAAGUUUGUGACUUAGAUAAUAAAUCUAAUAAUUCAGGUAUCAAAGAAUUGCUGUCAUCUCAAGAAACUGUAACUGCAAGUGGAAUUUGUAAAGGGUUACAAAGCAAACUUGAAUUUUUGGAUGUUUCUUACACACAAACAAAAGAUUGGGUGACUUUACUCAAGAAAAAUCUACAGAAUGCAACUGUCUGUAACCGAGUAUGUAUUGAUCUUUCAAGCGAUGUGAACCCCUUAUGUUCUUUCAUAUACAAGGCCGCUGAGAUCAUAAGUUCCAAUGGAAAUAAAAAUGGUCCUCCCACCAUAGCGGGAAGCUCCAGUUCAGGAAGUAGUGCUGCUACUGCUGAGAAUAAUCAGCAGCACUCUGCAAAGGUUCCAGAAGAGUCAAAGAAAACUAAUGAUAAUGACCACAAGAAAGUCCCCAAUGACGCAACUGGUGGUCUAAUCCAAGGCACUGGUAAACAAGACUUGAAUGGGCAUGAAGAUGCAGCUAAUGGAGAGAGUGUUCAAAGUGUCACUAUAGAUAAUGAAAGAAAAACUACUGAUAAAGAAACAAUAACUUUAGACAAUACUAAGACUUCAGAACUUAAAAGAACAGAAGCAGACACUAAACAAUCUAUGCCAGGAAACACUAAGACUUCAGAACAUACAGAACCAGAACUUAAAGAACCAGAACUUAAAGAACUAGAACUUAAAGAACCAGAAAUUAAAGAACCAGAAAUUAAAGAACCAGAAAUUAAAGAACCAGAAAUUAAAGAACCAGAAAUUAAAGAACCAGAACUUAAAGAACCAGAAGUGGAUAUUAAAACCCAAUCUAUGUCAGGAAAUACUAAGGCUUCAGAACAGAAAGAAACAGAAGAAGACACUAAAACGCAAUCCAUGCCAGGAAAUGCUAAGGCUUCAGAACAGAAAGAUACAGAAGCAGACACAAAAACUCAACCUAUGCCAGGAAAACCUAAUGCUUCAGAAAUUAAAAAAACUGAAGCAGAAGCUAAAAUCCAAUCUAUGUCAGAUAAUCCACAACCUACAAAGCCAUUAGGAAAUGGUGAUGCAAACAGUGUAGGUAAUCAACAACCUCCAAACUCAAAAGGAACCAGUGCUGCAAACAGUCCAGGUAUUCAGUCUUCCGUUGAAGCACCUGGCUUCGAUGAAUCUGCCAACCCACAAAUUGAGCUUGAUGGAGGUGAAUCUCCUGCUGUUGAUGGUUCUGAUAUACAGCAGUACCCAGAUACAGUUGGGGAUAGUGAAAUGCCUCCUCCUCCUCCUGGUGUUGAUCCAGUUAAAGAAGUUCCUGGUGAUGACUCAGAUAAAGGAGUGUCUGCUAUUGACCCAAGUAGAGAAGUGAAGACUGGCCAGUUGCCUUCUGACUAUGUUGAUGCUGAAGAUUCACAUUUCUUUGUGUACUUUGUGACAAUGGUGGUACUAUGCAUCAUAGGGUACUUGGCAUUCCACAACAAGCAGAAGAUCCUGGCCCUCACGCUGGAAGGCCACUCGAAGAGGAACUCCCGGCGGCGGCACCAGAGCUCCACCAAGUACCGCAAGCUGGACAGCAACCUGGAGGAGGCGGUGACGUCCUCCUGCAAGCAGUCGGUGACGAGUGUCAUCUACUGAGCCCCGCGCCACGCGGGAGAGAGUCGCGCAGCCACUCGGCUUGGACUCCCGUGGCCAGCCGGCUGCAUUCCGUCAGAUAUGGAUACCAACUGUAAAUAAUGUUUUCAAAGGGGGACAAAUUUCCGUGCCUGUUUGAGCAAUCUGAACUUAAUUUUUUUUGCACAAUUUUUAUACAGUUCCAGUGACCUUUUUCAGUGUAUUUUUCUUUGUGAUACGGUGUGUUUGCUUAAUGCAACUAUACAAAACUUGUAUUUACUUUAUUGCUGAAGAAAUAUGAUGAUUAGUGCAAGAUAUGAAAUGUGGUUUGUAAGAAAUAUGUUAUUUCAUCACUUCCUUUCCCUUCAUCAACACUCCCCCACAUUUCAAAUUAAAAUAGUUAUCUAAAUUUUUUGGGAUUACUUUUUUGCUGUUUAGUUUUAUAAAUUGUGUGAAUUUUUUCAGCUCAGUUAUUAAUUUAUUGGAGAAAUAAAUUGUUCAUUUCUGAAUAUCUUUUUGAUGUUUGUAAUUUUUCUAAUUUAAUUUUUUUCCAGUAAUCUUAUAGCUACAAUAUAAAAAUUAAGCAUGCAAGUACUAUUAAUUAUAAUAACUUUGCUGAAUGAACAUGAACAUUUCUGAUCUUAAGUUUUUGGGAUUGACAUUUUUCAGUAUUUUGAUGGUCGUGGUUGUUGUGGCAUAUUUAAUAUUUAUUAUGGUGUUUUGCAUUUUUUUUUCUUUGUGCAAAUGUAUGAAAGGAGUGAUUUGUUUAAUCUUAUUUAGUUUUCCACAGUGUUAAGUACUUCAUUAUUAUUAUUAUUUUAUUAGCAAAAAUAGUUUUGAAAUGGAAAAAAAUUUCUCAAUUUACAAUUAAUCUUUUUGCUAGUAACCAGAGUUGCAACUAAGAAAAUUGUUUAUUUUUAGUUAUGUUUUUAGUAUAAAAUGUGAUUUUAUGGAAAAAUAUAGAAAAUUAUUUCCUCAAAUGUUGUUUAUGUGUUUUCUAUAAUAAAAGCAGUUUGUUUAAUUGUU